CUUCCGGGUUGGCAGUGGGGCGGAAAGGUCCGUUGGUUUCUCUACCGCGUAGGGGUGUGAGCGGUCCCGGGGCUCCGGCCAAACCCACCUCCCACCAGCGUCAGCCUAUCGUUGGAUUUCCCGUUUCCACUAUUAAUAUCGAUGGUCUUGAAAGUGCCCUAGGAUUCAGAUAUUUCCAAGAAACUCUCUGUCAAUGAACAACUCAAGACCCUCCUCACUGAUCUCGGUUUAAUGCAGACAGCUUGAUAUUACGCACCCUUACUCCAAGUUAAAUGAAAAAACAAUUUUCUCUAAUCUUCCAUGAAGCUCAGUUGUUGCUUGUUAGCUUUGAUUGUUAGCGCUAGUCUGCCUGCUGCUUUUGCACUGGAAAAUGUAGCUUCUAACAGGACAAUUACACCUGGGUCAAGAUCCAUUUCUCUGACUGCUUCACUUCAUCCAGUCUUCCGAGUCUUGGCAAAUUCUCCAGCACAUCAUGAUAUCAUUGCAAAGGAGGGGGCCAGUGCUUUAAUUGAAUGUAAACUGAACAUCAGCCAGUAUGAAUUUAUCCUUUGGUACAAUUCAAAAGCACAGCUGCUCAAUGAAAGAGAUGAAGGUGGAAGAUGGUUGAUCACUGACGGAAUCCUUAACAUUACCAGUGUAACUUUUGGUGACCGCGGGCGGUACACCUGUGCAGCCAUUAAUCAUAAUGGCACCUCCUACUACACAGUCACCCUGAGGGUUAUCUUCACAUCGGGGGACAUGAGCAUCUACUACAUGAUUGUGUGUCUGAUUGCCUUCACAAUCAUCCUCAUUUUAAAUAUUACCCGUCUGUGUAUGAUGAGCAGCCACCUCCGCAAGACAGAGAAGGCCAUCAAUGAGUUCUUCAGGACAGAAGGGGCUGAGAAGCUUCAGAAAGCCUUUGAGAUCGCCAAGCGCAUUCCUAUCAUCACAUCUGCCAAAACUUUAGAGCUGGCCAAAGUCACCCAGUUUAAGACCAUGGAAUUUGCUCGAUACAUUGAAGAGCUUGCUAGAAGCAUCCCUCUCCCACCUCUGAUCCUGAACUGUAGGGCAUUCAUGGAGGAGAUCUUCGAAGUAGUGCGAGUUGAUGAUCCUGAUGAAGUUGGCGAGGAAACCAAACAGACCCAGGCCCUUACUACCCAAGAUGCAAUCUACCCCAUCAACCCAGAGCUCAAGCGCAGUAAUUCACCAGCAGGGGACUCGGAUGAUGGCUCCAUGAAUGAGCAGGGUCAAGAAAUAGCAGUCCAGGUAUCGGUCCACCUUCAGUCAGAAAUACAAAGCAUUGGCUCUGUUUCCCAUGACAGCUGCCAUUCUUUACCUUCCGAAGAAGAGGUCUGCUGA